UCCUCCUCCUCUUUUCCUCCUCCUCUCCUCCUCCUCUUCCUCUCCUCUCUGACGUCCGUGUAGUUCUAGCUUGGUCAUGUCUCUUCUCAACCUCACGGACGCCUCCUCUCUGAGCGCCCCCAACUGCUCUGUCCCCCUGGCGCCGGCCGCUCCUCCGUACAACUUCUACGCCGUGCUGCUGGUGUUGCUCAUCUUCUGCGUGGUGUUCGGGAACGUGCUGGUGUGCGUGGCCGUGUCCAGGGAGCGGGCUCUGCAGACCACCACCAACUACCUCAUCGUGUCGCUGGCCGUGUCUGACCUGCUGCUCGCCACCCUGGUCAUGCCCUGGGGCGUCUACCUGGAGGUGGUGGGGGAGUGGCGUUUCAGCCGCCUGCACUGUGACGUCCUGCUCACUCUGGACGUCAUGAUGUGCACCGCCAGCAUCCUCAACCUGUGCGCCAUCAGCAUCGACAGGUACACAGCGGUGGCCAUGCCUAUGCUCUAUAACACACGAUACAGCUCUAGACGGCGGGUGGCUCUGAUGAUUGCCGUGGUCUGGUUCCUGUCCUUCGCCAUCUCCUGCCCCUUGCUGUUUGGCCUCAACAACACAGCAAGUCAGGAGGGUCAGGAGGGUCGUGACUGCAGCUUCGCUGACCCGGCGUUCGUGGUCUACUCCUCGGUGGCCUCGUUCUACGUGCCGUUCAUCGUCACGCUGCUGGUGUACGCGCAGAUCUGCGUGGUGCUGCGCAGGAGGGGCAGACGCACCGCCCCCUCACGCAGACACGGCCUGACCGCAGACACCGCACACAGACCCAGGAAGAAUAAAUGCACCCACCCAGAGGAUGUGAAGCUGUGUACCCUUAUUCUGAAGCCCCCAGCCACAGCCCCCCCACGCAAGAAGGUGACGUUGGUGAAGGAGGCCAUGGUUCACCCUCCGGAGGUGGACCCCAUGUGUUUUCUGCCUCAGAAGGAGUCGCCUCAGACGUCGCAGCCUCAGCCCCAUGGACCCGCCGCCUGCGCGCGCGUCUCCCUCUCGGCCACCGUGGCUCCGGCCGCUGCAGCACCCCCCACGGUCCCUGCCGCCCGCUCGGCCCUGGUCCCCCGGCGGGCCACCUUCCAGGCGGAGGUGCACGCCCGCGAGGGAUGGAGGGAGAGGAGGCUGGAGAGGGAGAAAGGAGGGAUGACGAAGGAGAGAGUGCGGGGGAGGCUCUCACAGCAGAAGGAGAGGAAGGCCACUCAGAUGCUGGCCAUCGUGUUAGGAGUGUUCAUCAUCUGCUGGCUGCCCUUCUUCCUGACCCACGUACUGAAGGCCCACUGCGGCAGCUGCUGCAUCUCGCCGUCCCUGUACAGCGUGGUCACCUGGCUGGGCUACCUCAACAGCGCUGUCAACCCCGUCAUCUACACCACCUUCAACAUCGAGUUCCGCAAGGCCUUCAUCAAAAUCCUCCACUGCUGAAGACGAGGAUGGAGAGAGAGAGAGAGCAUAUGAUGAAGAAAGGAAGGAAGAGUCAGAAGGACAAAAUGAGAAAAGGAACAGAAGUGAACUAAAGUGUGGAGGAGUGGAGUCAGAAGGUAGAUGUGAUGAAAUCCAAAAACAAAAAGAUGAUAAAAUCUCAUGCAAAGCAGAACUAUAGAAAAUGAUGAACUGUCAUUUUGAAAUGUUUUUCUUUUGUGAUUUCUCAGCCUUUAACUCAAUCUUGACUCACAAUUUUUCGGGAGCUGUCCCUUUCAAGUCUUUUUGAAAUAAUAUCGGAUGAGUGCAGUGGACGAUAGUGCUAAUCACGGACCCAGUGAUCAAAGAAAGCUUCCUUUGAAUCUGAGCUUGUGCUGAAUGGCACUGUAUGUCCACUGGAGCAGCAUGUUGAAGGGAUCACGCCUCCGCUCAUGGGUGUCAAUUUACCUCUAGAGGGAACAAACACAUUGAGAGCCCAAUGGAGGUCAGUAUACUGUAGGGUGGGCUGUAAGUCUCUUGUUUUCUUUUUGCCUGUGAUAUGCUAAGACUGGCACUAGCUAGCACCCAUGGGUGCUACUCUCCUAAAGAUCUCCUAGUCUUCUGAUGUCCAAGGUUGCCGGUUAGAUCCCAAUGCUGUAUUCAGGCGACAUGUGAUUUCAUAUCAUGCACCACUAUGGAAAGAAACUCAAUGGAGUUGGAGAAAUGUUAAUGACUGGACCUCCGUUUUGGCCUGGAGUCGUGGAAGUGCAGUAGCCUUAUAGAUAACAGAACAUUGGACAUCUGUGACUGAUUUCAAUGUACAAAUUGUACAUUUAAAGCUAAUACCACAAUGCAAUGUUAUACAUGGCCCUUCUGGAAAUAAUGUGAAUUAAGGCUUUCCUUAAACAUGUUUAUGCCUAAUGAAUGCUCAGAAAAAUAAAUAAAACUGUAUACAGCAUAUUAUUUUGUAGACUGGGCUCAUUUUAAUACUGUUAAGUCAAUACAAAUGUAUGAUGGAUUGGAUCAUUGCAUUGUUUGUUGCAUUGAAAGUGUCAUGAUAAAGGACUGUAGUUAU